UUUAGACAUGGCCGCCCAAUGAAAAAUCAAUAGAAAGAUCCACAACGGGCUAUAUAAACACACCAUUUUUUAACUUAAUGUUAUAAAAUUUUGAAAUACGAUAUUUUUUCUAGAUAGCAAAAUAAUGGAAAGAACCAAUGCAUCGAUUGAAGCUGCUACAGCAUCUCUUGUUCGUGAAUAUUUAAGCAGAAAAGGUUUUAAGGAAACUUUGGCAAAAAUGGAUGAAGAAUGCCCUCGAAAUGAAUUGAGCAUAAGCAACAGACAAACCUUAAUGAAGCAUGUUCAUCUGGAUAAACUGAUGAAAAAGAAUAAGGAAGAAAUUGAACCUUUAAAGGCUAUGCUUGAAAUUAUGACAAAAUUUUUUGUUGAGCGGCGACUUCAGAAUCAAUCAGAUAGAUGUUCUGCCAAUCAGUCAAAUUUUGAUGUUAAUUUUAGUCCUCAAGUUGAUCAACCAUUUCAAAACAACACAAGCAGCGUGUCAUCAACCUCCAGACCACACACCAAUGGUUACUCAACCAAAAAGGAUAAAAAUGAUCUGGUGAUGGAUGAUGACGUUGAAGGAGAAACAGUCAUUGGUGUAGGCAUGGCUGGCAUUAUGUCCAUAAAUGAAUCUGAAUCGCCACCCCCACAGUAUUCCACAAAGAAUGUUCUGGCACGACCUGUCUCAGCUAAGCAGAGAUUUAGCAUGAUCAGCAAUAAUGAUGAUAUUUUAACAGGAAGAAACAGAAUGCAACAGCCUAAGCCACUGAGAUUGUCUGUCUCACAAAAAGAACAACAGAAAAAGGAUAGCCUGUCCAACAGUAUAAAUAGUUCCCCUGAGUUUUUCUACGAUGCACUGAGAUCCAACAGUGGCAUCAACAUUGAAGAAAAACCUAAAAAAACGGAAAGCUCUCCGUUAUCUUUCGAAGACCUGUUGAUGAAAGGAGAGGAGAAGGCAAAUCGUCUACAAAGGAUUGGGCUGGAGAAUAAAAUUAAAGACACUAUUGGUGAAGAAAAACCUUAUAAAGUGGAAACUUCAAGCAUAUUUGCGGGCAAGUCAAAGCCAGCUCUAAAUAAUAAUAAUUUUACAAAAGGCGCCAGCUUAAACUCACCAAAGACAACAGAGCUUGAACUGGGAGACAUUGAUGACAUGGAGUCCGAUCUGACAGAUUUGAACUUGAAGCCUGCUGCACCUGUUGGACCAAAGCAGCUGAAAUUAGUCAAAGUACCGUCUACACCAAUGGACCUAAAAACUGCUAUGGCAUUGAAGAAUCUCAUGUUAGGCUCCCCUUGUCAGUUGUACAUUGAUGAAUGGCUGCAGCAAGGCUACAGUUUCUGUGAUUUACCUGACCUAAAGUAUGGAAUAGUUCAAAAGAAGGGCGGGCCUUGUGGUGUCUUAGCUGCUGUUCAAGCCUGUCUUUUACAGGAGAUGCUAUUUGGAGACAGCAAGCUGCCAAGCAGCAGAUUCAAAAACCCCACAAGAGCUGAGAGGUCCAAGUAUUUGGCUCUAGCCUUAAGUAAUAUAUUUUGGCGUGCAGGCGACUUUGCCAGAGCUGUAGUAACAGUACCUUCAGAAACUUCACAUAUACUAAGCAGCACCAAGUUCAAACAAGAUGGAGUCACAGAGCAGUUAUCAAUUUAUACAUUCACAAGCUUUGAUACCCUGUCAAGUUUUAUGCAGCAGUCUAUAUCUGAGUUUGAAACAGAAGGAAAACCUGGAGUUAUCCUAACUAUAUAUUCAGCCAUGUUAUCAAGAAAAUGCCCUCAGGUGCGGGGUGACUUUGAUGAACCUGAGCAAAGCACAUUGAUUGGAUCUCAUGGUUAUUGCACGCAGGAAUUAGUCAACCUUUUAUUAACCGGGCGAGCUGUUUCCAAUGUUUUCAAUGAUCAAGAACAGCUGGAAGGGACAGGUGUUGGAGAUACAAUAAUUCUAAAGGGAAUCUCUGGGAGAUCAGACAUUGGCCUGUUGUCACUGUUUGAGCACUAUCAGUCAUGUAAGGUAGGAACCUACUACAAAACACCCAAGAACCCUAUCUGGGUGGUGUGUAGUGAGAGCCACUUCAGUGUGUUGUUUGCAGCAAAGCGUGAUCUAGUCAAUGAUUGGAAGGCCGAGAGAAGAUUUGACCUGUUUUACUACGACGGCCUGUCUAGGCAGCAAGAAGAGAUCAGACUCACCAUUAGUACACUUAAUCAAGCAUACAAGCCCCCAGUAUCAGAAGAUGACCUUGUUCCCCCUUUAGAGCACUGUAUAAGAACAAAAUGGCCAGAUGCAGAAAUAGACUGGAAUGGAUAUGAACCAAUUCUGUGAUUAUUUGUUAGUUGUACUGUGCAUAUGCUAGUCUGCUGCCUUUUAUUUAUGUUUGUUCAGUUACUUUUUCUUUGCAUUUCAUUCAAGAUGGUUUUAUAAGAGACUUACCAAUCAUUUUUUUUUUAAUUUGUAACCAUUUUAAUUUUACCAUCACAAAAAAAAAAGUAUAGUUUUGUACUGACAUUACAAGUUUUUUUGGAGUACUUUUAUAUUUAAUUCUCAAAUAUCAAGCUGUGAUAUUCUUAGCAAUCUGUUAUUUAACAUGAAUAUGAUGUAUUUUUUUAAAAUGCCUUUGAUAUUGUUAAUCUGAAGUAAGUUCUUUUACAAACCAUUAAAUUUUUUCAAGCCUUGAUAAAAAUUAGAAUGUUAGUUUUUGCAGUUUAUGAGAUUUCUUUCAAUUAGAUCAUUGGAAAUUAUUUCUCAAGCUUUUCUUGAGACUGAAGGUUGAUUAAAAAUGUAUGCUAUAAUUCUGUACAUUUUAUAAUCAGCAAAAUGUCAUUAUUUUCUUAGUAUUGUUAAAAAACAACUGAUAUGUCAAAAAAUCUUAAAUUGUUAUUAAUUAACAAGGAAACUAGUGGGAAAUUUUUUUGUUUUUGAGGUAUGCCAUCACUAAACGAGAAGAAUGGAGAAUGGAUGGAGGGUAUGUACAUUUGUGUUAUAAAUUGUGGUUACAUUAAAUAAAAUAAGACAUUAGAGGGGAAAUAUCUACAAGCUCAACUUUUUUACCCUCAUAACAAGCAUUACAACUGUAUAAAAUUCUUCAGAGUGUAAGUAGAAGUAGACUGCACACACAAUUACAAGUGGUAGUAGUUUUAAAAA